UGGCCGGCGGGGCCGGGUUCGUGUCUCACGGUAUAUAAUCCGAGAGCGCACGGCGGCACACCGGAGGCUGGCGCGUAUGGCACAUGGUGCAGGAGGAGGACGCGAGGGAGGAAAAAAAAAAGGCGUGAAGAGAAACUGCGGGAUGAAUGCGUGAGCGGAGGAGAAGAGGAACGACAGAAAGAGAGAGAAAGAAAAAGAGAGAGAGAGAGAGAGAGAGACACGCACCAUCACCAGGAAAUAUCUUGAAAAAUGGAUCUUCACGAUAAAGAAAUUCUCCCCGGAGAGAUUCUGCCUGUGGUGAUCAUUGGUAAUGGCCCAUCAGGGAUCUGUCUGUCAUACCUGUUGUCAGGUUACACCCCCUACCUGUCGUCUGAGGCAUCACAUCCUAACCCCCUGCUGCACAGCAAGCUGGGAGAGCAGCCUCACCUGUCGCUGCUAGAGCAGGAUCUGGAGUACCUGUGCGAGGGUUUGGAGGGGCGAUCGUCCAAUCCCGUGGCCGUGCUCUUUGAUUCGCUGCUGCUGCCUGACAGUGACUUCGGAUUGGACCACACGUCUCCACUGGAAUGGCGAUACGAGCCUGAACGUGCCAUCCCUCACCUGGUGCUCGGGAAGGGUCCGCCUGGAGGAGCCUGGCAUGCUAUGGAGGGCUCCAUGCUAACUCUGAGUCUGGCUAACUGGAUGGAGCUUCCCGGGCUCAAACUGAAGGACUGGAUGAGAGAAAAACGCAGAAAUGUACGAAAUGACCGCGCCACACCGGCGGAGAUAGCUUCCUACUACGAGCAUUACGUUUCCCAGAUGUCCCUGGAGCAGAGCUUUGCAUGUGGAACCACCGUCACCUCUGUAACCAGACAGCCUGGCAGCCAGGAGGGGGCGCCGCCCUGCUGGAGGGUGAUGGGACUACAGCGGAGAGAGGGAGGAGAGCUGGGAGAUGGUUGUUCCGUUUCCGAGGAGGUGCCUUUCUCCGUGUUGGCCCACAACGUGGUGUUGGCGACGGGGACCCACGACAUCCCGGCAAGGCUCGGCGUAGAGGGCGAGUCCCUGCCCUUCGUCUGCCACUCUUUCUGGGAGUUGGAGGCAGCCAUCUCUCGGGGCGAGCUUGACCAGUCGUCAGACCCGGUGCUGGUGGUUGGGGCAGGGCUCACGGCGGCCGAUGCGGUAUUGGCCGCCCACCAUCUCAACACACCCGUCUACCACGCCUUCAGGCGCUCUGUCACCGACCCCGGCCUCAUCUUCAACCAGCUGCCCAAACUUCUCUACCCAGAGUAUCACAAGGUUCACCAGAUGAUGACCCAACAGCAGUACCGGCUGAACCCUCCACCACAGGACAACACCCAAAAUCAUCACUCCACCCCUUCCUCUCCUUCCUCUCACCUUCCAUCCUCUUCCACCACCUCUUCAUCAUCCCUCUCCUCUUACCCCGGUUACCUCAGUUUCCCACGCUACAGGGUCGUUGAGUUCCGGCCUGACCAGAAGUGCGUCCUGGAGUCGGACUCUGGUCAGCGGACGGUGGUCCAGGUCUCCAAGGCGCUCGUUCUGAUCGGAGCUCACCCCAAUCUUUCCUUUAUGGACGACAACGGACGUCCACUUGGCACCAACCCUGAUGAGACAAUCUCGUGCCGGAGGAACCCGAUUGAGGUGGACCCGUUCACGAACAAAGUGGUUGCGGCAGACGGGCCAGGCAUGUACGCCAUGGGGCCGCUAGUUGGCGAGAACUUUGUCAGGUUCCUGAAGGGAGGGGCGCUGGCUAUCGCUAGCGACCUCGCCAAGAGACAGAGGGAGGGUGAGGGAAGAGAAGAAGGGGAUUUGACCGCGGACAGAUUGAUGGACAGAUGGUUUGACAGACGGAUGUCCGCUCAGACAGAGGCAGAGGUUUGCGUUGUGAAUUCGUAGCAGGUUUCCUCAGACAGGAAGAUUAGAGUAGACCGAAGCGAACUGUUCAACUCUGAUCGGAUCUGGACAAAACAGGAAAAUGCUGCAAAGAAAAGCCCCUAAGUCAUGUUUUCCACAAAUCAAACGCACUGCUACGUGGGCUCCAUGACUGGACUGGUACUGGUUCGAACGGGUCUGAUACCCUGUUAGAUCUGCUGUAGCUCUGCCUCCAGACCUGAGGCUCAUUGAAGGCCAAAAGUAGCUGGAGGAAUGCCAAUAAAACCACAGAUCAGUAAGUCAUGUGCAAGUUGGAGGGAGGAUGAGGGCAACUCUAGGACCUGACGGAGGAGGUGGAGGGAUAGAUUAGGUGAUCGCUGUAAACUCCAGCAAGACCUCAAGUCUGACCAGUACUGAACUUUAUUUAAGCCAUAUUGGUUUAAAACCACAAACCUUUUUAAGACGAUCCCUUAAAUUUUGGUUAAGAAAGACAUUUUACAUGAGCAAAACAUUUUACAUGAGCAAAACAUUUUACAGUUUGUCGGCACCACCUAGUGGUCAAACAACGCAACUGCACUUGUCUGUGAUAAGCUAAAAUCAACUGGACUGGAGCAAUCGUUACCUGUAAAAAUACGACUCGUUCACACGGAGACGAUGAAGAUGG